CGACAAAUGCCACUUUGGGACCAGCAGUCCUGAAGGAGCCGCACGGCUCUCGAAGUCUCUGCCGGACUGUAGACUGGAUGAACGCGGCAUUGUUUCACUCUCGGAGCCAGCAUCUGUCCCGCACCUUCAUGUCUGACUCCUCUGUGACCUGGAAAGUACGCGUUCUCUCAGGGCUCUGCUGCUGACGAGGACAAGAAGAAGAUAAGAUCCAGCUGAAGAGCGUUAGCUCUUUAAACUGGAUAAAACUAUCUUAAGUCUUCUUUUUCACAUUUUCGUCUACACCUUUAUGAGUGAAAGCUGGCGCCAUGGUCACCUUCCCGAGAAGUUUGUUCUGGAUGCUUUGCUUCUAUCCAAAUCUGAGAUGUGACGCUGAUCCAGGCCUGUCAGUGGAUACGGAUGGUCUGCCUGAAGCUCAGAGUGGAGCUGCACCUACACCUGAAGGUUAUUUUCUGGAGUUCCAGGAGCCAGUCAACAAUAUCACCCACUUCCAGGGCCAGACAGCCACACUGCACUGUAAAGUGGCAGGAAAUCCACGACCGUCCAUCCGAUGGCUAAAGAACGAUGCCCCUGUGGCCCAGGAGCAGGGACGCAUAACCAUUCGUAAGACAGAGGCAGGAUCCAAGCUCCGCAUUCAGGACCUGGACACAACAGACACUGGCUAUUACCAGUGUGUUGCCUCCAACUCACUGAAGGUCAUCGCUGCCACAGGUGUCCUGUACGUCAAACUAGGACAAUUGCCCACGCAUGGACCAGAUGAACCGUCUCAUAAAAAAGGUUUCUGCCAGCCAUACCGAGGCAUUGCCUGUGCUCGCUUCAUUGGUAACCAGAGCAUCUAUGUUGAGUCUCUGCAGAUGCAGGGGGAGAGUGAAAACCGCAUCACAGCUGCCUUCACUAUGAUUGGCACCUCCACCCACCUGUCAGAUCAGUGUUCCAGGUUUGCCAUUCCGUCCUUCUGCUAUUAUGUCUUCCCUCUGUGUGAUGAGGGCACUCAGAGCCCUCGGCGGCGUCAGCUCUGUCAAGAUGAGUGCGAGGCACUGGAGAAUGAUCUGUGCCAUGCUGAGUACACCAUUGCCCGAUCCAAUCCCAUGAUCCUCAUGCAGCUGGAGCUCCCCAGCUGUCACCUGCUGCCACGGCCGGGCACACCUGAUGCUGCUUCCUGUAUGAGGAUAGGAGUGCCACCAGAAAAACUGGGUCCAUAUUCCCCCUCAGAUCACAGCUGCUACAAUGGAAGUGGGGCUGACUACAGGGGUACAGUCAGCAUCACUAAAUCUGGUCAUCACUGUCAGCCGUGGAGUGCUCAGUACCCUCACAGUCACCACCUGUCCCAGGAAUACCCGGAGCUCUGGGGAAGUCACAACUUCUGUCGUAAUCCAGGAGGCCAGAUGCAGGCGCCCUGGUGCUUCACCCUAGACCCUCAGGUCAGGGUGGGCCUGUGUGACAUCCAACCUUGUAAGCCUCCAGAGAACCCUAGGAAGGAAAUCCUGUUCAUUCUAAUACCUGCAAUUGCCAUCCCAUUGGUCAUCGCUUGCCUGUUCUUUCUGGUUUGCAUGUGUCGCAAUAAGCAAAAGGCAUCGAUUGAGUCACCACCUCGCUGCCAGCUCACCAGUGCACCUAGCCAGGACAUGGAGCUGUCACUCCUCAAUCAGCAAAAAUACCAGGCCAAGCUGCGGGAGAUUAACAUGUCAGCAGUACGGUUUAUGGAGGAGCUUGGUGAGGAUCGGUUCGGCAAGGUUUACAAGGGCCACCUGUAUGGCACUGCACCUGGUGAGCAGACCCAAGUUGUGGCCAUCAAGACAUUAAAAGACAAGGUUGAUGCAACUCUCUGUGAGGAAUUUCGGCAUGAAGCCAUGCUCCGUUUUCACCUACAGCACCAAAACAUUGUUUGUUUGCUGGGUGUGGUUACCAAAGACCAUCCAAUGAGCAUGUUAUUCACAUACACCAGUCUUGGUGACCUGCAUGAAUAUCUGGUGAUACGAUCCCCCAACUCAGAUGUUGGCAGCUUAGAUGAUGAUAAGACAGUCAAAUCCACACUGGAGCAGGCUGAUUUCCUUCACAUUAUCACACAGAUUUCUGCUGGAAUGGAGUACCUUUCCAGCCAGCAAGUUGUUCACAAAGACCUUGCUGCCCGAAACAUUCUGAUCUUUGACAAACUAAGCGUCAAGAUCCUGGAUCUGGGCUUGUUUAGAGAUGUCUACUCUGCUGAUUACUACAAUCUAAUGGGCACCAGCCCUUUCCCCAUUCGUUGGAUGUCCCCAGAAGCUAUUAUGUAUGGCAAGGUCUCCACUGACUCCGACAUCUGGUCUUAUGGUGUCUUGCUGUGGGAGACUUUCAGCUACGGUCUGCAGCCAUAUUGUGGCUACUCUAAUCAGGAUGUGAUCGAGAUGGUUCACAGCCACCAGCUUCUGCCUUGUCCAGAUGAUUGCCCAGCCUGGAUUUACACGCUUAUGCUGGAGUGUUGGAAUGAAUAUCCAGCUCGAAGGCCUCGCUUCAAGGACAUACACACACGUCUGCGCACCUGGGAGAGCCUGUCCAACUAUAACAGCUCUGCUCAGACUUCUGGCACCAGCAACACUACCCAGAUCAGCUCUCUCAGCACUAGCCCUGUUAGCAGCAUCAGUAUGAGCACAGCAAAUACAUCGCGCUACACCAGUCCUAAAAAGAGUUCACCAUUCCAUCAGCCCCAGUUCAUGCCCAUGAAGAGUCAAAUCCAUCGACCAAUGGUGCCCCCGCAGCUUUACAUCCCUGUUAAUGGAUAUCACCCCAUGCCAGCUUACCCUUAUCUGCAGAACUUUUACCCUGUGCAAAUACCCAUGCCCAUGCCCAACCAGCAGAUGCAACACCCACCACAGAUGGUUCCCAAAGCUGGUUCUCAUCAUAGUGGUAGUGGAUCGACAUCUACAGGUUACGUCACCACUGCCCCGUCCAACACUUCUGUCACAGAGCGAGCAACUUUACUUAAUGAGGACUCCAAGACCAUAGAUGAGGACCUGGUUGACAGGACAUCCCAGGAAGACCUACAUGAAAAUAAGGACUUGGCAGUGCCUGAAACAGAAUUGCUAGGUGACAAUGACCCUCCACAGACUGAUGAAUUGGUGAUUCACUUAUCAGACACAUAAGUAUAGUGUUAUUUGAAGAACAGUGGAGCUGGAAUAUUCUGUUAGCUGUGCUUGCCAAAAAUUCAAAAGCUACAUAAAGUGACCAUUUUUGCAGUACAGUGACUGAAUGUUUUUGUAUGAGUUUCUUUGAUAUUACUGAUGCAUUUGAACGUCAAGUGUGUCUUGUGUUAAACUCCUGUGUCAAUGAUUAAGCAAAAUUAAUCAUGCAAUCCUCUUCAGACUUGUUUUUUUUAAUGCCGCCAGUCAGAAGAGUUUGUGUUCUUGCCAUUGCCCACACAAAAACAUUUUCUUAUCCCUUAUCCACACACUUUCGAGCAGGUAUGUCAAACUGAUUCCAUAAAGGGCCGUGUGGCUGCCGGUUUUCGUUCCAACCAAGGAGGAGCACACCAGGCUGGAAUCAAUUAAUCAGCUAAUCUCAGUCUUCAGUUGAUAACUAAG